UUAUCAUCCAUAUGAACGGCCAUCCUCUAAAGGUCGCGCUGACGUGACGUCAUCAUAAAGCCGCUUAAGUCCAAAAAAUCAACAGCUGUUCAGCAGUGUUACUCACAAGCUCUGUUGCUCGCUCGUGCUUUGGUCCCGUCAUGUGUUGACAGUCGUAGUAAUCUUGUGCCAAAUAGAUCCAGAUCCAGUAGGACAAUGAUUCCAAACAACAGAGGAACAUUUCUGAAUGAGCUUCAUAACAGACAAUAAAUGAAGGCUUUGUUUAUUCAUGAUGUCAUCAGUAUUUGAAUUAAAAGACACAGCGAAAAAGGACAUGUCAGUUGCUUUUCAAGAGAUGGCGGCAGAGAGGCAAAUAUUAUGGAUUGCAGCCUAAAGGCGUUUAGGAUGUGUGACGGGUGGUAUUCGCAGUAAACGGACCAUUUCCACACCACCCCCUGGCCACUCCGGCACUCCUAGCCCAAGGCCCCCGGACAGACCCAGCAGUCGUCUCCGGGAUGUCUUCACCGGGAUCCUCCAGUGGCAGCAAAAGGAAUUCCUCAAAUUUUGUGAGCAGUUUAAUGGAUUCCUCCUGGCUGUGUCAUUUGUUAUCUGCGGAGUUGGAGCUCGAGCAUGCUCAGAGAGUACCGGAGGUGGAGCCUGUCCAGCCACAGGUAAAACUGAAGGACAGGCAAAAGUUUUUUGAGGAGGCUUUUCAGCAGGACAUGGAGCAUUACCUUUCCACAGGAUACCUGCAGAUCACAGAAAGAAGAGAGACAAUAGGAAGCAUGUCUUCGAUGGAGGUAAACGUGGACAUGCUGGAGCAAAUGGACCUGAUGGAUAUGUCCGACCACGAGGCUUUGGACGUCUUUCUCAACUCUGGUGGAGAGGACAAUAGCGUGGCUUCACCAGUGCUGGGGCCAGAUUUAGAGUCGUUCACUUCUGAGAUCACACUUCAGGUGCCCACCCAGGCCGACCUUAGACACAAGCUCGCCUCGCUGUCCUCAACAUGCACAGACUCAGUCAGUCAAGACACAGAAGCAGGGGAGGAGGAAGACGACGAUGAAGAGGACGAGAGGCAACUGACAGGAAACCAUAGCUCUCCGCUGGAUUCAGCGCUAACAGAAAGAGAACGACAAAAUUGUCCGAUCAAGAACUGUGAGAGCAGCAGCUCCUCGUGAAUAUGUGGAGGACGAACGACAGACUGUAACAGGAAGUGAUGUAAUAAUGGAUGUGCUAUGCACUUGAGUCCAAAGGAAGAGUUUGGAAUUGUCUUAACAUAUGUUUUUGUGCUGUUCAGUGUACGCCUGAUCCUGUGCCUGCCCUCCAAAUCCAUAAAUAUCUUUUAUGCUGUUGGACAUUCACUACAUACGGCUGAUAAUGUUGUACAUCCAUGAUGAUUUUAGCCUCGGUACCAUUGUUGUCAUGUGAACAGAGAUAUAAAUCGAUCCAUUUUUACCUUUUUCUCUCAAUAGCUUCAGAUAAAAGAGAUAUAUCAUUGGUGUAUUCAAAACAGAUGUGUAUGCCGCGAGCUACAUCUCUCUCAUGUAUUAAAUCAAUAAUGCUUUACUGGCUUCAGGCUUACCCGAGUGAGAUUAUGAUGAUUAGGAUCAAUUUCUCGAUUAGGCUUUGGGCCAUAUUUCAAUAUUCAACACCAGAUUCAAUAAAAAAAAGCAGGUUGAAAAAGUAUUGACCAUUCAGCUUGAAUGUCUGGAUUUCAUUGUAUAAUGAAAACAAGCAUUGACAGCUACAAAUGAUGCUAGACUUGCUAGAACUAAUUUCACUUUUGGCAACUGCUUUCAACUUUUAAUUUGAAACAGAAAAUGUUAAAUGACUUUGCACUUUUAUUCUGAAAAGAUUUUAAAAAUCAUGUUUAAUACUUUUUUCCAUCACUGUAAUUUUUUCAGAUUUUUAUUGUGUGUCAGAAAGUAAAAUAUAACAUCAUCUACAGUAAUAGUAGCAGAUUACUAAUUGGUAAAAUAUUAAAACAUGAUAAACACAUAACUUGUGCACCUCUGUUAAAAUGCUAAGAUGCUACAGAGGGUUGAUAUGUUUAUUUUUAUUUUACUUUUAACUUUGCCUGCUCAUUUUAUUAUGUGUUGUUCAAACAUUUAAUAUUAUUUUUCAUUUAAAAUCAAAAUAAACCUCAAUCUUUUGGUCGAA